AUGGAUCCUUAUGACUGGAUAAUUGCGUUGAGGCAGCAGGUUGAAAAUUUGGCACGCCGGAAUGAAUUGGCAAUGCGAUGCACUUUUGUGCAUAAUCAUACAAAACUCCUUUGCCUACCAAGAGAAGACGAAUAUGCAGCUUCAGACUAUCAAGUCAGAAAUUUGUGGAAAACCCAGACCGAAUUCUUCCUUGCCUGUCUCGGAUUUAUCGUCGGCGUUGGAAAUACCCUUCGGUUUCCAGCAAAAGUCUACCAACAUGGUGGUGGAGUUUUCUUCAUCCCUUACUUCACUUUCCUAUGCCUGUUUGGUCUGCCGAUUGUUUAUAUGCAUUUAUGCAUCGGACAAUAUUCGGGGCUCUCACCCAGUGGUGCAUUUGGGAAGUUGAUGCCAUUGGCUAGUGGCGUUGGCUGGGCGCUGGUAUUACUUGCCAUUCCUGUCUGCAUCUAUUACAAUAUUAUUGUCGCAUGGUCGGUCUACUAUUUUUGGUUUAGCUUCAGAGGAUUUGUACCUUGGGUAACUCAAUAUAAUUGCUGUGAUCUGCACAAACUACGUCAGUGCUUCAAGGUGACGAAUGGGACGGCGAUCACAGCUCCAGAGGCAUAUUUUCAUUUCGAAGUGCUCAAUCGCCCAGCGUCUGGUAAUUUUGAGCUGGGACCAAUUGAGGUGCAUCUCGUCCUUGCCCUCGCCGUUGCAUGGAUGCUAGUAUUUUUCGGCGUUUUUAAAGGCAUUGGAAGUAUCGGGUGGAUGGGAUCGGUUACCGCUACUGUACCGUAUCUAUUGCUGAUGAUCUUAUUUAUCCGCGGUAUUUCACUGCCUGGGGCCGAUGAUGGUCUUCAUUUCUUUUUCACUCCAAAGCUAGAAAAAUUAUGGUCAUUACCGAUGUGGAAAUCUGCAGCGGAGCAAGUAUUUUACGAAUUAGGGAUCGAUGCUGGUCCGUUAAUCGCGAUGGCUUCAUUUAGUCGAUAUAGAAAUAAUAUAUACCGCGAUGCCGUGUUUCUAGUUAUUUUUGACGCCUUCACAUCGGUCCUCUGUGGGAUGGUAAUCUUCUCAUUUAUCGGGUUUUUGGCCCAUAUGUCGGAUAGUCCUGUGAAUACUGUAUUACAGCAUGAUCCAUUGUACUUGGCAUUUACCGUAUACCCUGGCGUUACCUCCUUUAUGCACCUUGGGCCGCUUUGGGCUGCGUUAUUUUUCACGGCCCUGAUGAUGUCCGCAUUAGAUGCCGAAUUUGCGUGGAUGGAAAUGAUAGCUACCUCAUUUAUGUAUCAAUUUGGAUGGAAAGAUAAGCGUGUUGAAAAUCGGGUCCUGGCGUCGAUGUGUAUUUUGUUUUUCGUUCUGGGACUGCCAUUUUGUUGCAGGGCACUUCUCUUUGCAUCCGCAUUUUCCUAUGAACGGGUUGAGUUUGAAAACCAGACAUUGCCUUGGGUCUAUGAAAUGACUGCCUGGAUCGUGAUGGUCUCCCCACUAUUGAUAAUCCCAUUUUCGAUCACCCAUUCAUUGAUCGAUAAUUAUAGACGGAAAGGGCCUUGGAAAUCGCUAUUUUCAACGUCUAAUUGGCGGGUGAAGCGCGCUGAACCGGAAAACAAAGAAGGAGUCACGAAAUCAUUAAUUGAAAGGCCACCCGUCGUAACCGGAUACACGUAUAUUGAUCCAAUGUCACGGGGUCAAAGUACAAAAUCGAGAAUGGUGGCAGAGGAGGAUUACGGUAGAAGGACGGGAAGGAUCGCAGAUUUUAUAAGACAACAAGCAGCCUACGAUGAAUCUAGGGUCAUUCCUGAUAUUAUUGAAGAAGACGCUACAACGUAUGGCGAAGGCGGAACUUAUGGACCAUCAGUGUCAAAUAGAACAAGAUCGGCUAGAUCUGAAUCCAUCCCUAUGCAGUUAUUAAGCCAGCCUCCCUCGAUUUCUACAAGGGAACCUAGCGGUCGUCAUGUUUUUACCUCGCAAGCCUCCAUAGCUCUAUUUGGAUCACCACCAUUGAGUGCUGCAAAUUCGGUCGACCUACGCUCACUAAAAGAAAUGCGAAAUGAAGGACGUUAUUUGCGUUCAAAUUCUCAGCUGGCUUCACCAGUUGGAAGACACGAUGACGAGCCACCCUCACCACCGCAUUCAAACCCUCCACACUUAAAGCGCGAACUUGAAUUGGCUGUUAGUUGUGCUUUUAAUGAGACGAUGAGCAGUGAUUACGGUACUCGUGUGGAGAAGAUACAACAUGCUGAACCGUGCAGGCCGGAUUGGAAGAGACGAGGGCCAGAAACCUCUUCUUCAUCAUCGUCACAUUCAGAAGAUACGCAUGGUACUUCAAGCGAAAACGAGGGGAGACCUAGUCGACCUACCGUAAUUCGAAGACAUACCUCCUCAGAUUCGCUUUCUAUCGCAGCACCCUCAUCGGUUAGCAUCACUCCUAUCGAUCGUGAGCAUCACAGGAGUAUGAGUUCUGUCGCGCUAUUCGAUAAGCCCGAAUCCGCCACUCGACAACCAAAACUCUCGCAGCUCAAAAGACCAAAACCCAUCGACCCAUCGGCAUUUGCCCCAUCACCUGCCAACAGCCACUUC